AGUAGAUCAACAGGUCAGCGUCGUCAUGAUCAAGACAAUUCCAACGAACGAAUGCGUGUUCCUAGUCCAACGAUCAGGUAGAAAUCGCGAAAUGUCGCAGUUAGCAUUACUAAUACCCUGCAUGCCGGUAUAAGUAUACCCGCAUCUUGGGUUGAAGCUGAGAACGGCAUUGCACACAGCCCUUUUCCCUAACAUCAUAUCGAAAUGGCGUCUUCUCCCUCUGCACGAAGCUCAAGCAUGCAAGUUCCAAGCCCUAUUCUCGGUUCCCUCAAUGAGAUAUGCAUCGUUACCCCUAAUCUCUACAAAACCCUUGACAGCCUUACCCGUCUCGGGCUGGGCCCCUUCCGGGUGUUCAUGUUCGAUUCCACCACAGUCCCCAAACAAGAGCUCCGCGGUAAACAGGGCUCCGAUCUGUACACCAUGCACGUGGCCUUUGCGCAGAAUCCAGACCCGAACGAGCCCGUCGUGGAGAUCAUCCAGCCUCUGACGGGCCAGACGUCCAUGCAGGACUAUUUAGACACGCACAAUAAUCAGGAAGGCGUUCAGCACAUCGCAUUCAAUAUGGAGGAUCUGCCCAUGGUCGAGAGGCAAAAGCGCAUGAAGGAGAGGGGCAUCGAACCGCUUAUGCAAGGAUGGUGGAGAGGUAAGAAAGGGGAGACGCACUUCUGCUUCUUUGACACGGUGGGAAAGGGGCUGGCCACCUGCUUCGAGACCAUUGAGUUCUCCGAGGAUUGGGAAGAACCCGAGUUUGAGUGGUAUCCGGGGCCGCCUGUUGAUGAUCUGAAAAGGAGUCGUACCUUUGGACCGAGUUCGGGGUCCGGACAGGGUGCCGAUGGGCUUGAGAUAUUGCUAUGAGCUCUGCACUUUGUAGAAAGGAAUCUUGCACAAACUACGGCCACUAUUUCAUAUAUGGAUAAUUGGGAGUGUUCGAAAGAUAUAACUUAUUCUUUACAGACUGCAAAACAUGUUGACGUGGCUGGCCAAUCAAGUCACGUAUUGGUGCAUCUAACGAAGCCACGUUCUCAAGAUCCC